UAUAAAACUAUACACUGAUUCAUAUUAAAUUAUUUAACAGUUAGUUAAAUUAUAAAUAUAGAAUCCAUGGCGAACAGCAACAUUAAAAUGCUAACAUGUUCUUGCAUGAGUGACAGCUAAUGAUCCAGUAAUGAAAGUGUAUUUUUAUAUUUUGAUAAUUCUUAUUUAACUUUUUCUUGAGUAAAAAUUUACCUUUUACAGCAAGAUAUUGACAAGAUAUAGUUUUUAAUGUUUUUUUUAAAGCGACGGAUCUACAUAUUUCUGUCGAUACGAAAGCUGCUGUGAACAUAGAAAUAGCAGAUUUUUAAAUUUCUCACAGCGGAACCACCUUUUCCCCAUGUGGUUUGACGCGGUCGCGUCCGGAGCGUUAAGCGGUGCACACAGGAAGUCAAUUGAAGUCAAGUAGGUUGUAAAUCGCUAGAAUAUCAAGUGUUUUGGUCAGCUAACAGUUAAUAUCAAUUCAAAUUGUAGUAUAUUGUUUAUUCAACAUGCUGAUCAAAGUAAAGACUCUCACUGGAAAAGAAAUAGAGAUCGACAUCGAGCCCACAGACAAGGUGGAGCGAAUUAAAGAAAGGGUUGAAGAGAAGGAAGGGAUCCCCCCACAGCAACAAAGACUCAUCUACAGUGGAAAACAGAUGAAUGAUGAGAAGACAGCUGCAGACUACAAGAUCCAGGGAGGUUCAGUGCUCCAUCUUGUGUUGGCGCUAAGAGGUGGCUCAACGCUCCACAGGCCCUGCAUAGACCUCUCCUCCUCAUCAUGAAUUGCCGCUGUGAUGAGGGCCAGCUGAGUGCCAAUGCUUUAGGUGUCUGUCACAGUCAAACCAUGUUACAGCACAGAGAUCUGAAAUAACACGCUCCCGGGCCAACGCAAACAAAAAAAUCGACCAACAAGAGCAAAGAAAAGAAAAGAAAAAAAAAAAAACAACAUAAAGGACGUUCAAAUUCUUCUGUAAUGUUUUUUUGUAAAGCCAGAAAGUCAAUCUUUCCGAGUUUGACCAGUUGACGCAGGCACCAAUGCAGAACAAAAGACAGUUUGAGAACACUGUGGUCUUUUUGCUUGUGAAUAAAUGCUGACGUUGA